ACAAUUAUUUCUAAUUAUUACAUAAUUUACAAUAUUUAAUAACAAUUUUUAUUAAUUAAUUGAAUUAAAAUUAUUUAAAAACAACCAAACCAAAUGUUGACUUCGGUUUGACCAUGGUUAAAUCGAAAAUUGACUUCGGUUUGACCAUGGUCAAACCGAAGUCAACAUUCGGUUGAGCCAUGGUCAAACCGAAGUCAACAUUCGGUUGAGCCAUGGUCAAACCGAAGUCAACAUUCGGUUUGACCAUGGCUCAACCGAAUGUUGACUUCGGUUUGACCAUGGCUCAACCGAAGACUUCGGUCGGUGACGGCGAGUGCGAGAAGCUUACCUUCUUCUCCGGCGAGCACGGACGGCAGGCGAGAGGAGGGCUGACGGCGACGGCUGGGCGACGGCGAGUGCGUGGCGGCGUGGGACGGCAGGCCACUGGAGGAGGGCUGCGACGGCGGACGAGGACUGACGGCGACGGGGGAAGGGCGAGGUGGGCCGGCGGGUGACUGACGGCGACGACCCGCCCGUGGUCUCUCUGCGGCUGGGCGAUGGUCAAACCGGCGGCGGGUGACUGACGGGGGAGGUCGGCGGCUGUUGGUGGACGGGGAAGGGAAGUGGAGGAAGGGGAAGUAUGCGAAGUGGAGGAAGGGGAGUGUUUGGCUAGGGUUUGUGUUUUAAUUUUAAAAAGGGUAAUUAAGUAAUUUACGUAUUAAGUUAGGACGACAAUUAGUAAUUUUUAGGACGACCUUUAACCCUUCAGUUCAUGUGCUGGCGGAGCUAGGUGAAGGGUUGUGGGGUCCAUGGACCUCACUUGGAAAAUGAAUUUACAUUAAAAAUAGUAGAUUUUUAAGGUGGGGUUAAUAAAUUUAGAAUCCCGGACUCCCUCUUCCCGAGACAAUGAUUUUAGUACUAUCGAGACAAACUUCGUAUUUGGUUAUGUUUGGACCCCACUAAAUUAUAUCUCUGGCUACGCCAUGUGCAUGGACAAACCAGUCAAAAUUCCGAUUAAAAUCUUAUGAUUUUACGACCUUACUUACCUGUUCCGAUCUUGAUUUCACCAUAAAAUCUAUGGACCUUAAAAUCCUAUACUAUUCACGAUUUAAAUUCUUAAUUUUUUUUUUUGAAUCUUACGAUUUUACUAUUCAAAUCUUAGUGUCAAUUUUACUUGUUUUAUCCGGCUUUGGAUAGUGAGCGUUGUUUCCAUCCUUGCAACUUCUUGAUGAGCUUCUCCUCCAUAAAGAGGAAAGUAUCUCUCUUCGAUCUUGAUAGGAUAGCUGCUAAUCCUAAAUUGGUUUUAGAGCUCGUCUACCAUACCUUCAAUUGGAAAAUUGGAUAAAUCGAUUCCUAUCAUACCUUGUGAGUGAAAAAGAUCUUCGUAAAACUCCACAACAAUAGCUAAUUUCUCAUGUUCCGCAAUACACAUACUCCUUGGGGGGUUUUCCAAUCCACAUAUUGUAGUGGCUUGUCGUCGGGAUUUGGUGAUAUAUCAAAGUAUGUCGUAUUCUUAUCCCCAGCUUGUAACUAAUUGAAUCUGGAAUUUUGUGUCAAAAUAAUUCUUCUCGAUUGUACUGAGCUCCUUUUCCAAAGAUCUGUUUAAGGCCCCAUUCACCUAUGGACUGGACCCAGCCACCUCUAAAUCUUCAUUUAGAUCAUUUAUAAAUCUAGCUGAGUUAGAGGUACCUUCUUUGGACCAACCAACCAGGGUGUGUCUAGUACGCAGAAGUUUGCUGAAUAUGCAGUACAGUAGUGAACCUGAGACUGCUAAGUUCCAUGCAAAUGAGAUAAUGAGUAAGGCUUCUGGCAUUUGGGCCUAUCUAAGGUAGAAACGAAAGAGGUGUAUUGCUCUAGUCAUAUUGGGGCAUGUCUGAAAGUAGAGUAACUUGUGAACUAUGAUCCGAGCCUCUAUCAGUGAGAUGAUAUACACUGGAGAAUCGGAUAAAGCUUAUUAUACUCUAUUUUUUCAUAACAAAUACAAGAUAUAAGUCAUGGGUGAAAGCUAUGGAAGUCGUAAAAGAGAGUGCAAAAGAUCUUGGGUUCUUUUUGACACAUGCAUCAAUCAAAGCAAACGAUAGCGAAUGGUUCCCAGAUAUAUCUUCAUUGUUAUCGUGGAUAUAAGAGAAAUGUAUAUGUCUUAUAUCCGCAUAAGAAAAUACUAUGCAACACAGUCAUUUAAAGAUGGGUGUCGUUGUUAAGUGAGGUUGGUGGCACUUUAGCAGGAUAAUACUUGGAUGAUUGGGGGUAUCAAGGACAAUCAAAAUCUAGAACAAUUAUGUGGGCUUCACAACCAUGCAUUGGAGCUUUAUCCAUAAGGCCACACCCAGAGCAAUGCUUUCACAGAUGAAGCGCUAAACGAUAUCAAGGAGAUGGGACGAGCUUAUGUUCCUCCCCGACGAAUGAUGCAAACUAUUAACCAAAAGUAGAGCACUCACCACAAUAACCAACAGUUUACAAU